CGAUGUGAAUACAUACAAAUCACGUUUCUACACUUACUUUUAAGAAACGUGCAAUUUUCUGCUCCAGUGAAGCAUAAUGAUCCGGACGUGCAUUAUUCUUGCUAUUCUAUCACUUUCCUUUGCUGAUAAUGUGAAAUUCAAGGACUGUGGUUCCGUCUCGGGAAAAAUAGAAAGCGUUGACGUUAAUCCAUGUCCGUCAGAACCUUGUCAACUGAAGAAAAACACCAACGUCACAAUAUCCCUCGACUUUACACCGAGUGCCAAUUCGGCCACUUUUAAGACAGUUGUCCAUGGAAUUAUUGGAGGGGUACCUGUCCCAUUUCCAACCUCUAACGGGGCAGUCAACCCCCCUGUUCCCGUCCAACCAAAUCAAAAGGUUACCUAUACAAACUCCAUCUUUGUUGAACCAGCUUAUCCUAAGAUAUCACUCCUUGUAAAAUGGGAAAUUGCAGACGCAUCAGGGAAGGAUUUUGUGUGUUUUGUCGUACCAGCGAUGAUAGUGGGAUAGACCAAAUAUAAAAACACUACCGACUAAAUAUACAUGUUUGAAUACUAUGUUAUACAAGCCUGACAAUAAAAUUGAUUUUUUUCCCCACACAAA